GCAAAAAACUUCAGGCUGUCGUGCCAGUUUAGCGAGGAUUAAAGUGAAGGGACCUGGAGGAGGAUGCUAUAGACAGAAACUCAGCGCGGUGGACGUUCAUUUUGGAUUUAGCAGUCAAACUUUGACGUAACUCUUCCCCGGAUAAUCAGAAAUAGGCUGGAGUACCAUCAUCAUGGAAAUAUAUCAUAAGGAAAAAUAGGGAUACCCUCAACUUGGACUUAGAGGUAGUGUGGGAAGGUUGGGCAAACAUUCACAGCAAGUUGUGAGCAGGAUUGACGGUUUUCCAGAUGUCCCUGCUGAUGCAGACAGCGGCUGUCUAAUGAAACACAUUCACACCCCAGAGGGAAAAAAGUAGCAUUUUUCUUUAUUUCCUGCAACUCUGGAUUUUUGGGAAUAAGUAUAUGACUUUAACUUUGGGGGUUUUCAGCCAGCACUCCCAGUAGAAUAACGAAGUUUUUAACUCUAUGCUGGAAAUAACGACUCGUCGACGCUUCUGGAUAUGGACGGACGCCGAGGAGACAAAAUAAGAAGCAGUUUUAUUAAAUAAAUGUCAGACGUUAUCAUGAAAAUGUUAUUUGGGUGAAGUCGUCGGAAACUCGCAAGGGAAGCCCCAAUGAGUGGCACACAGUCAACUCUCACUGACAGGACCCCAAGCAUUCUCAACAAAGACCCCACAGACAAGAAACCCAAGAAUGAGAAAUCCUCUGUCUCCCUCAAACAUGAGUUUGACCCUACAGGUCUUGUCCAGCGGUGUGUAAUAAUCCAGAGGGAUGAAAAUGGCUUUGGGCUGACCGUAAGUGGAGACAACCCUGUGUUUGUGCAGCUGGUGAAAGAAGAUGGAGCUGCAAUGCGAGCUGGUGUUCAGACAGGAGACAGGAUCAUUAAGGUUAAUGGGACCUUAGUCACACAUUCUAACCACAUAGAGGUUGUAAAGCUGAUAAAAUCGGGUUCCUAUGUAGCCCUGACGGUGCUGGGGAGGCCUCCAGGGCUCCCUCACAUCCCCCUGGAGGAGGAUGAUGAGGAGGAAAACAAGGAGGAAGGGGCAGAGGUCAGCCCACCCUCCUCUCUCUCAGCGCCUCACUCACCUGCACUGCAAAGUGGGGAGCAAUGCAGCCUGCAGGAGCACAGCACCUCCUCCAUGCCUGAUAGGGAUGAGAACAAAACCAUAAACAGCCAGAAGGCUGACGUCCUGCAAAAGAUGCUAAUCAAGGAGCAACAGGACCUACAGGCAAAGGAGGAGGAGUACAGCAGAAGCCCUCGGCCUAAACUACUGAAGGAGGUCCAAGAGGCCAAGAAGCACAUUUCACUGCUGCAGGAGCAGCUCAGCAAAGCAAAAGCAACAGCACAGGACGGAGCCACAGGGUCCAGGAAUGGUGAGGCCGAGGAGGGGGACGGCAGGCCUCCUCUGAAGGAACAGACCUCGUCCACACGUGGUGACAGCGUUAACGACGGGCCUUCGACCAACAAUAACUCUGUGCACAGCAGCCCCCUCACAGAUGGUCCUGGCAAAAGAGAGACACCCUGUCAGAGCCCGGACAUCAGCCAGCGAGACGGCCUCAACUUCUGCCCAUCGCCUGACGCUGAGGACACCCCUGACACAGACUCCAGUGCUCAGUGCAUUGUGGGUGGACCUCCCUACCUCCUCAACCCUCAGAUCAUUGGAGCAGAAGAUGACUACUUUGAUUCUCAGCAAGAGCAGAUUAAUGGACUGUGUAGCUGUUUCCAGAGUAUAGACUCGCUGAAAUCUCGGCCAGCUCACCUCGCAGUCUUCCUCCAUCAUGUUGUCUCACAGUUUGACCCUGCUCCUUUGCUCUGUUAUCUCUACGCUGACAUGCACAAGCAAACCAGCUCCAAAGAAAGCAGACGCUUCUUCAUGGAAUUCCACUCUCUCUUUAUGGAUCGAGCAGCAAAUCUUAAAGUACCAGUGCCAGAGGCAGUUGCAGCUGAAUUGGAGAAGCGGAGGCUGGAGUUAAUCCCAGAGGAGCUCUGCAAACAGUACACUCAGGUCUUACAGGACACACUCCUACCAGACCUGCACAAGAACCUGGAGGACUUUAGACAGAAGCGCAGCAUGGGCCUGACUCUGGCCGAAGACGAAUUGUCCAAGCUGGACUCAGAAGGGGGAAAAGACCAACAGGCCCUGGAGAAGGAAUGCUCCUGUGCUGAACACAUCCUCUCCAAGAUAGAGGAUAUCCUGUUGACGUCACAGCCCACAGAGGAGGAGAAGUGCCAAACAAUGCAGUAUGUAAUCCUCACCUAUAUGAAGCACCUUGGAGUGAAAGCGAAGGAGCCCCGUGGCCUUGAACAUAAACGAGCGCGCAUCAACUUCCUGCCCAAAAUUAAGAAGAGUAUCAAGCCUGAGAAGGAGGGAGAGGAGAAAGUGAAAAAACCUCGGUUUCCCAGCAUCCUCGGCCCGCCUCGGCGUCUAAGCAGAGUGGACUCCACAUCAGUUGGUAAGGCCGUAGAGCUGAACAAGCAGCGCUCACCAAAGCAGCUCUCUCAGCCUGCCAUCAGCAUCCCUGAGCAGUGUGACUCCUCCGCCGCAAACUCUGGACGGAGCCGUGGAAAUCAGCUCAGUGAGGGAUCAGACGCAGGCACACAGUCUUUGCCCUCCACCACCACCUCCCCGACACUCAGCUCGCCCACUGGUCAGGCGUCAGAUACCAGCGGACAAGACUCCGACUCCAAUUUGUCUCCAUUCUGCAUCCAGCCCAGACCGGGCGAGGGCCUGCAGUCUGGUGACCACCAGGAUGGCGUCUGUAGUCCAACCAGCACUCAGUUUGACUUCAGCCCCUCCAACCUGGAGCAGUUACACGAGGAAGACCAGGAGACUUUCAGGAUGGAGGUGCAGUGUGCGGUGAAUUCAGCCGACAUCCAGAGUGAAGACGACCAGGGAGGCGAGGUGGAGUGUGAGGAGGACCCUCUGACCUGGCAGAGCCUGGUCAGCCAAGGCGUCUUGGCGAGCUUAACGCCACAGGAGAUCAAAAGGCAGGAAGUCAUCAAUGAGCUGUUCUACACUGAGCGAGCUCAUCUGCGGAUGCUGAAGGUGCUGGACUCUGUUUUCUACCAGAGAUUGAACAGAGACGGUAUUCUCCCACCAGAGGACAUCAAGCACAUCUUCACGAAUCUGGAGGAAAUCAUUCAGCUGCAUAUUUCUGUAACAGAACAAAUGACAGCAAUCAGGAAGAGGAGUGAGACGUCGGUGAUCGGUCAGAUCGCAGAUGAUCUCCUGGCGUGGUUCAGCGGGGAGGAGGAAGAGAAGAUAAUAAGAGCGGUGGGAACUUUCUGUAGCAACCAGCCGUCUGCACUGGAGCUCAUCAAGAGCAGGAAGAAGAAAGACCAGCGGUUCACUUUAUUUAUGCAGGAAGCUGAGAGCAACCGUCUUUGUCGCAGGCUGCAGCUUAAAGACAUCAUUCCUGUAGAAAUGCAGAGAGUCACCAAGUACCCGCUCCUGCUGGACAAUAUCGCCAAGUACACAGAGGAUGGCGAGGAGCGGGAAAAGGUGAAGAGAGCCGGGGAAUGUUGCAAAAAGAUCCUCAACCAUGUCAACCAGGCUGUCAAAGAGGCUGAAAACAAACAGAGGCUGGAGGAGUAUCAGAGAAGGUUAGACCUCUCGUCACUCAAACAGAGUGAAAACCCAAUGAUCCUGGAGCUGAGGAGUCUUGACCUGACCAAGAGGAAGAUGGUGCAUGAGGGACCUCUUUCCUGGAGUAUAAAAAAGUGUUGUUUUUCAGAGCUGUACACGAUCCUCCUGGAGGACAUCCUGGUUUUACUGCAGAAACAGGACGAGCGUCUAGUCCUCAAAUUCCACGGCAAGAAUCCAGCCACGGCCGCUGACAACAAGCACAUCUUCAGCCCCGUCAUCAAACUCAACACUGUCCUGGUUCGUCCAGUAGCAACUGACAACAAGUCUUUCUUCGUGCUGUCUAUGUCUGAAAACGGGGCUCAGAUCUACGAGCUGAUGGCUCAGACGGUGUCCGAUCAGAGAGCGUGGCAGUGUCUGAUCACACAGUGUGCUGACGCCAUGAAGGCCAAACCUCACAGCAGAGACCGACCUCCAGCUCAGUCUGAUGCUGAGCGGGACGCUAUUGAGAUCAUCAAAAGUGGGAUGCCUAAGGCGAAUAAAGAUCCUGACGGCACAUCAGGUGGAAACAUCCAUUCUUCAGAUAAAGACGCCACCUCUUCUCCAGACAUUCAAGUGCCACAGAGUCUCAAUCCGUUUGAUGGCAUGAAAUCAGAAGAUGAGGAAGAGGAGCUGGUCGGGGCAGACAGACGGGAUGAAGAGGAGGAGGAUGAAGAGGUGGAUGAAGCAGAGCUAGAGGCUUUCCUGGACGGGCAGCUGGCAGAUGGACUUCCCUUCCUGCGGGAAGAGUUUCAUCAGGGCAUCACUGUUGAAAACCAAGAACACGAUGCAUUCAGGACACCCUCCUCCAAAGGCGAAGAAGCUCUCAGGACAUUGGCGAUGCUGAAGCAGGCUCUGUUCAACCACAUGAUAAACAGAGAGGCAGAAGAGGAGACACAGGAGAGCAGACAGAGUGGGGCCCCUGGGCGUCAGCUGAGUGCCCCUUUGCCGGGGAGCCCAGAGGGGCCCUCUGAGAGCCGAGCGUCUGAGAGUUCGCAAAAAGAAAACCCUCCGCUCCCCUCAGAGCUGUCUGAGACGACUGAACGCAACGGUGGUUUUGUGGUGCUAGAUUUUGGGGGAGAGGAGAGUUGCACUGAUGAUGACGGGGGAGUUGGAGGUGACGUGGGCAUUGACAUGAGCAAACUGCUGUCCUCCUCCUCACAGGCAGGGGGCGGCGGCGGCCCCAACCUCAGCAGGCAGCUCAUGACUCACCUGCGCCUCCUACAGGCCGACCUGCAGUAUCUGAAGGAGGUGGAGAUGAAGUACAACGAGCUGCGACGGGCACACAGCGACACAGCUACUGACUCCGAAGACAAUAACGAUGGGAUUCAGUGAUGAAAGACUUCCUUCUCUCUCGGUUGUGUGAGUUUUAUGCCACUCCGUGAUUACUUUCCUCUGGAUGAACCUUGGACUAUUCAUCACUGGUGUCGCCCAAUAAUGGAGGCUCGGUGUCUGAUCUCCCACUUCAGGUGUGAAUCAGUGGAAGACAUUUAUGUUUCACUAUAAACUCAAAAUCCUUCUGAGGAGAGACUCUGUGGAAUUACCUGAGGACAAUUCAGCCACUUUUUGCUAUAAUAGUAAUAAUCAACUGCAUAAGUUAUCUAAACACUGGAGAUAUGAGAUGAAGAAAGGGCAAAGUCAGGUGUGUGAAGUCAUACAGGUGUGCAUCAGAGAUUAAGAGACAUUAAGAAAUUAAACGAGACGAUGAAGACUGCGGCAUGAUUGAUCCUCAGAGGAUCAAGAAGGUGGAAGGUUUUUUUUUCAGGACUCACUGCUGUAAGCUUGAUAUAAAAGUCUGCAAUAAGAAAAAAGAGACAGCUUUUACUGUACAUAUUCAGCCACAUGCUUAAAGAUAGACUUCCUUUCUUGUAACAGCACUGAAAAGCAACUUUUUAAAUGCCAAAAUUUACUCUCACCACUGUUUUAAUUAGAAAACAUUCACACAAAUUGUAAAAGACUCUGUAACAUCCAUUCCUAUCGUCCCCAACUGUCUCCAAAAUAUUUUUUGGUGUAUGUUGUUAGUUUGGCUUAGCACAAAGCUGGAACUGAGGAGCCUUAAUAUAUUCCUCUUAAUUUCACCAGUUAACACAUUCUGCUUUGUUUGUUUUAUCCGAACACAAACAGAAAUUUAAAAAUUAAAGUUUAUGGUGUUUGGAGGUUUACUUGCUGGAACUAUUUUUUGACCGCACAACAGCUGACUGUGUGCAGUUUCCAGGAGUUUCGCUGUUACCAGGCAGGUUUGGUACCAUUAAGCAUUUGCUUUGGCCACAGCUGCGCUAAACCUUUCAUACAGCAACCUGUGCUAUAGCUGGAGAUGAUGGAUACUUACUUCCAGUCUUUGUGCUAAGCUAGGCUAACGAUGUCUACAUCUUCUCGCCUAACUCUCCGAAAGAUAGCAGAAGAAUAUUUCUCAAAAUGUCUAAUUUGUCAGGUAUUUUUUUCAGUAGUUAUAAGAGACUUUUGCAUGCAAUAUCUUAUUUCGGCUUCAAGUUGAUGAACUGACUGUCUCUUAUUUUGGAGACUGGCAAUGCGUUUCAAAUGAAAAAUUGUCAAAAUUUGCAAAACUUUAUUCUUUGACUGUUCCAGUAGAGUUCGUUUACUGGUUGACUUCGUCGUUUGAAUGUCGGAGCAAAUAGCAUAAAAAUAAAAAGCUGUUUAGCAGAUGACUUUAAAAUUUCCUAAAGCACUUCAGUGUGGCAUCAUAUGGCACACAAAGAUCCAGAUCACUGCCUGUUCACCGAAUUCAUCGUGACAUAAAAAAAAAAACGUUACAGAAAGGUGAACUAGACUGAGAUUGAGCUCAAACCAGAACCUCUUUGACUUUUUCGUGUUUUAAAGAAUCAGUGUUGUUCAAAUGCAGUUUGGCAGCGUGCAGGAUUGGUGCAGAUUUGGCAAAUACUUCUUUGUUUUAUCUGGAGUACUUGGCAGGUAGUACAGCAGAAAACUGCAGCUACAAAAAUGCUUUUACACAGUGUGAAACUGCAGGUUGUUUUUGCUGGAGCACAAAAUGCAUCAAGUAGAUACUGCAAGCUUUAAGGAGCUUGUGCUCAUGUGGAUUUAUUAUAUCUAACUUUGUUUUAGAGUUUAUUUUCAAUUUGUUUAUAUGUCACUGUUUUUUGUUUGUUUUUCAGUUUUUCAACAAACACUUAACAGUACUUUAAUCUUUAUUCCCUUUAAGUAUUUAGAGGAGGUUUUUUUUCUCUGGGUUCAUUAGGCUACUCAAAAAAAAAGCCAUCAUGAGCUUGAAACACCCGUUUCACCUUUUAGGUACAAAUAUUCACUCAUCAAACGUCUGCACUUCACUUUAAUAGUUAGACUGAAAAAGACUCAACUAUUUUCUCGCCACACGACUGCACAGAUCAUGGCUUUGAUUUCUGGAGAAAGUAUAUGAAAAAAAUUAAAUGGAUAAAAAAACUGAAAAGAAUAUAUAGUCACACAAAGAUUGUUAUGGUCUGUUUAAAAGGAAUAUAAUGUAUAAUUACAACUGUAUAUCGAAGGUUUUUGUGUGUUUUUUUUUCACCAGGCAAUCAUGUAAUGUUUUAACACAAACUACUUAAAAAGAGGGUAAAGUUUCCACGCAGCAUUAGUCUGUUUUAUAAAUGUUCUAUUCAAAAUGUUCUAUUUUUAUUUUAUUGUCAUUAACCCUGUUAUUAACAUGUUUGUUGCCAACACAAACAGCUCCUUUCAGCGAGGAGAUUGAAAAGUGAUCUGUUGUUAAAAAUGAAGGGAAAGAAAAAAAUGUCAUUUCAUGUUUA